AUGUUUACAUUGAGAACCUUGAAGCAAUCAGCUGGCCCAAUUGCCAGGAACGUAUUAACGAGAAAUACAAUUAAUUUGUCGAUCGCAUACAGAUUACCAAAGAAUCAUAUCCCAAAACAAUUUUCCAAUCAACUUUUAAGUCAAUCAAGAUUAUAUAGCGUGUUGAGUACAUCGCCCGAAGCCAAAUUAUAUAAGUACGAAAAUGUCAAAGAGAUCAUUAAUAAUCCAUCGGCGCAUCCAGAUUCUUUGAUUGUGGAUGUCAGAGAACCAGUUGAAUAUGAAGAUGGCCACAUUCCUAAUGCGAUUAAUAUUCCAUUCAAGUCAUCACCAGGUGCAUUAGAUUUAAGUCCGGAAGAAUUCAACGAUAAUUUUGGGUUUGAUAAACCAAGCAAGGAUAAAGAAUUGAUCUUUUAUUGCUUAGCGGGUGUCAGAUCGACCGCCGCUGAGGAAUUGGCCGAUACGUUCGGUUACAAGAAGAGAGGUAACUACGUUGGUUCGUACGAGGACUGGGCGGCUAAGGAAAACGCCAAAUCUACUUAG